CCAGCAAACAAGUCCUGAAUUAGUGAAGGAGGGUGAAAGGGUCAGCUGUCACUGGGGCAGGAAUGAGGCAGAGAGAAGGAGCCACCAAGAGUGUCAGAAGCUCCAUUGCCAGGACACGAACCAACAGGAAAGCAGAUCCAACACAUUUAAACAGAUUGAAAGUAAAUAAGAAGACAGGCAGGUCAUAAGGAACUGGGAGCUGUUCGUUUUCUAUGAAAAAAGGAGGUCAAUUGCAAAUUUCCGAGACAGCUCCUUAAUCCAAACCAAGGGGACGCUGUGUGUCUCGGUCAAAGCUAUGUCUGCUCUCUAUCUGUCAAAGGUGGUACCUCAGGAUUCAACACGCAGCCUUUUAAAACCGGCACAAGAUCAGUCAUCUGCAUCUGGGAAAAGAUCCCAACUAACCAAGAUGUCCAAAGACUCCGAACAAAGGAAAGAUGACCCUCCUCCACUUCCUUCAGCCGGACAUAAACCAGGACCAGAAGACAUCUCUGGGGCACAUGUCCCACAAUUCAUGCCAUCCCAACUCUCCAAAGAAAAGCUGUACCAACAGCGGCAAAAAUGUGAGCUGAGAAGGCUCCUGAAGCACACUCACCCGGAGCUGAAGAUGUUGAAUGAAGUUGUGGAUGAGGAGCUUGCUGAGGUUUUGAGAUUAGAGACUGGGGUGACAGCUGGUGAAACAGGAUACGAGGGAGAGGUCCUUUCAAGAUGCUUGAUAUUUGAGAACUGUGCCCAGAUUAACAAAGUAUCUCCUUACACCCCCAAGAUGCGCACGGCAGAAAGAACAAUGGAAAGAGGCGUUGUCAGUAAAACAUCAGCUGUGUUUGAGGAGCAUGAAGAAAGGACUUGUAAUGAAAGUGAUAAAGGCAUCGUAGAGGAUGACAAAACACUUGGGUCUAGUCCAGAUCCUAACAGAGAGUGUGAGGAGGAGAUGAUAAAAAUAGAUGUUCAGGCUACCCGAAGGAUAUUUGAGAGUCAGUCUGUUAACACAUCCACACCAAAUCCAGAUAAUAAGUGCCAGGGAAAAGUUUCUAUUUCUGGAGAUGAGACAGGGGCAGUCAGAAAACAAAAACAGGAGUUUGAAAUGUAUAGCAAAGAUAAUCUACACAUCGAAAACAAAAGCAAUACAUCUACCAAAAGUCUUGAUUUGACAGACCAGCCCAAUAAACAAGGCCCAUGUGUUCAUAUCAUUGGUCAAAGCUCUGACCAUGUGUUUUCUGAUAGGAAAGGGGAUUCUACUGGUGAAACAGUCUUUGAGGGUGAGCCUACAAGCUCCCAUGAUCCAGAAGAAUUUGGGAAAAUAAUCGAAACGAGUGCAGCUCUUUCCCAAAACAACCCAUUUAUCCCAACAAACAUAGAAAGGGAACAUUCCUUUGUGCAUACAUCACAAUCACAAAGCCCAGCAGGAGACAGUGGGGCAGCUCAGGACCUUCUGAUAGCUAAUGUCAAGAACAGAGCUCACUUGUUUGAAUCAAUGCCAUUUGACCAAAUCAGGAAUCAGAACAAGAACGAAAUUGAGACGUUGGUUGAGAACAUCAAGGAAACGCUGAAUUCCCUUCAUCACGUUAAUGCCAUACAUUCAGAUGGCUUAAUCAUUGAGGUAAAUGAGACAAUGAUAGCUAAAAAGCCAAAUUCACACUAUCAGAGAGUGGGCCUGAGAUUAAAUAUGAUGAGGUGGCUGAAGGUGGUGCACAAAACUUCAUACUCCAGUUGCUACCACGGUCAAACCUAAAGCCUCAAAUCAUUUAUCUAAAGGAGGGUAGUAAAGGAAAUAUAG